GUUCAUCCAAAUAAUCACUCAAGCCAAACAAGCCCACAACCAUUCCACUGGAGUUCUAAAUUUAUACAAAGCUAAUUUGUCUUUUCCAUUUUCAGAAGAAGAAAAAAGAAAAUGGGAGCCGUCUUAGAGACCCCCCAAAACACAUCAUGCCGGGCAAAUAAAAACACAUCAUGCCAAGCAAAUACUAUUAAAGCCCAAUCCCAAUCCCAAUCCCAAUCCCAAUCCCAAUCCCAAUCCCGCAUCAAAGUUUUCCACAAGAAGGACCAAUGGCAGACAUAUUUCAAUGCCUGCAAGGAUACUAACAAGCUGGUGGUGAUCGACUUCACGGCGACAUGGUGCGGACCUUGCCGGUCCAUGAAGCCGACCCUCAAAGAGUGUUCAGAGAAAUACACUGACGUUGAUUUUGUUGAGAUUGAUGUUGAUGAACUCCCGGAUGUGGCUUCGGAAUAUGGGGUUCAAGCAAUGCCUACGUUUUUAUUUAUGAAGAAUGGAGACCAGGUUGAUAAGGUGGUGGGAGCAAGGAAAGAGGACUUGCAGAAGAAGAUUGAGAAGCACAGAAAGUCAAAUUUGUUGACUUGAUCAUAUACAUCGAUUUCGUGAAGAACUUGAUGAUGAUGGUGAUCUGAUCAACAAGUCUCUCAAAUACACGAUCUUGUCGUUUCAAACAAGGCAGAAGAUUUAAGAGAAUUGGAAUAAAGCUAACUACUAAUAUGGUGGCACCAACUUUUUUUUUUUUUUGGUUAUUUAUUCUAUACUCUAUGCUAGCGUGCUUAAUUAGUUACCACUCUUUUAAUGUUACUUAUAAAUGCAUGUAAUCAUCAAGAGAAAAUGUAUCUCUCUUGCUUACCAUAUUAUAAUUAAUAAAGCAAAUUUGAGUGAGCAGAUG